AUGAUUCAAGUAGUACAAAGUGUGUUCUCUUCACAAUAUAAUUUAGAAAUGAAUAAUGGAAAUAUCUGGAAAAUCCCCAAAUAUUUGGAAACUAGGUGACACACUUCUUUCCGAACAUCUUAUGAGUUUAAAAAGAAAAGGAGAAAUUAGUAUUUUGAGAUGAAUGAAAAUGAAAACAGGCCAGGCGCAGUGGCAUCCCAGCACUUUGGAAGGCUGAGGCAGGAGGAUCACUUGAGCCCAGAACUUCAAGACCAGCCUAAACAUGGUGAAAUCCUGUUUCUACAAAACACACACACACACACACACACACAAAGCUGGGCAUGGUGGCACGUGUCUGUAGUCCCAGCUACUCAGGAGGCUGAAGUGGGAAGGUUGCUUGAGCCCAGGAGGUCGAGGCUGCAGUGAGCAGAGAUUGUACGACUGCACUCCAGCCUGGGUGACAGAAUGAGACCUUGUCUCAAGAAAAGAAAAAAAAAAUAAAGACAAGAAAAUGAAAACAAAUAUAUCAAGUGUGUACAAUGUCGCCAAAGAACUAGUGGGAAAUGUAUAGCACUACCUAUAUUAGAAAAAAAAAGAAAGGUCUCAAAUAAAUGACUUUAUUUUCCACCGUGAGAGACUAGAAAAAGAAGAGCAAAUUAAUCCUCAAGUAAACAGAAGAAAAGAAAUAAUGAAGAUAAGAGCAUAAUUCAGUGAAAUAGAAAACAAAAGGAAAAGAGAGAAAAUCAAUGUAACCAAAACCUGGUUCUUUGAGAUUAAUAAAACUGAUUAACCUAUAGCCAAAGUGAACAGGGAAAGAAGAGAGGGAAUACAGAUUACCAAUAGCAGCAAUCAGAGAGACAUCACCACAUAUUCUUCAGAUGUUAGAAUUAUAAUAAGGGAAUAUGAUGAGCAAUUUAUGUCAACUAAUUUGACAAUUUAGAUGAAGAAAUUCUAUCUAAGACACAGACUGCAAAAGCUCAUUCAGGAAGAAACAGAUAACCUUAUGACUAUUAAAUAAAUUGGAUUUACAGCUAAAAACCUUUCCACAAAGAAAACCCAGAUGGCUUCACUGCUGAAUUCUAUUAAACUUAAGAGGAAGAAAUAAUACAAAUUCUACACAAACUUGUCUGUUAAACUGAAGAGGAGAAAAUACUUCCCAGCUCAUUGUAUGAAGCUGAUGUUACCAGGAUAUCAAAACAAGGCAAAGACAAAGACAAGUAAGAAAGAAAACCACAGACCAGUAUCUCUCAUAAACAUUGGUACAAAAAUUCUAAACAAAAAUUUUAGCAAAUCAAAUCCAACAAUAUAUAAAAAGGAAAAUACUCUAUGACCAAAUAGGGUUAACACCAAGAAUACAAAGUUUGUUUAACAUUUGAAAAUCAGUGUAAUUAACCAUAAUGACAAACUUUAAAAAGACAAUCCAUAUGUUCAGUUCAACAAACACAGAAAACCACUUUGAAAAAAAUCUAAAAUUGAUUACUAUGUAAUUUAAAAAAACAAUAUAUCAACAAACUAGGAAUGGAAGGGAACUUAAAUCACUUUUAUGAAAGACUUAAAAUAAACAUCAUACUUAAUAGUGAAUGAUUGAAUGUUUUUCCCCCAAGAUCCAGAAGUGAAACAAGAAUGUCUACUCUCGUUACAUCUGUUCAGUGUUAUAAGGCAAUAGCCAGUGCACUAAGGCAAGAAAAAGAAAGAAAAUGCAUCCAGAUUGGGAAAUAAGUAAAAUUGUCUUUUUUUGCAGACAACAUGCAUAAAAUCUGGUGGGAUAUAGAAAAAAAUCUAGUUUAGUAAGGUUGCUAGAUAAAGAUUUACAUCUAAAAGCAAUUGUAUUUAUAUAUGGUAGCAAUGAACAAUUGGAAAUUGAAGUUAAAUUCCAUGUGCAAUAGUAUCAAAAAUAUGGAGUACUUAUGGAUAAAUGUGGCAAAAAGUGUGUAAGACAUAUGCAUUAAAAACUAUAAAAUAUUGCUAAUAGAAAUUAAAGAAGACCUAAAUAGAUGGAGAGAUAGACCUUGUUUAUGAGUCAGAAGACUAUAUUGUUAAGCUCCCCAAUUUGAUCACUUGCAUUAACAUAGCCCCAAUUAAAAUCUCAGAAGGAUUUUUUUUUUAAUGACAAGCUGAUUCUACAAUUCAUGGAAAAUGCAGAGGACCUAGAAUAGCCCAAGCAUCAUGUAAUUUCAAGAGUUAUUAUAAAGCUCUAGUAAUUAAGACAGCAGAUGAAUAGACCAUUGGAACAAAAUAGAAAAUCUGGAAAUAUACAUGUAUGACAGUGGACUUCUGACAAAGGUGGAAAGACAAUUAAAUGUAAAAAGGAAAGUCUUUUCAACAAAUGGUACCAAAACUAUUAGAUAUUUAUAUGCAAAAAAUUGAUCCAUACCUCACAUGAUGUACAUAAAUUAACUCAAAGCAGAUCGUAGACUUAAAUGUAAACCCUAAAACCAUAAAACUUCUAGGAAAAAUUAAGAGAAAAAUUUUGUUGAACUUGGAUUGGCAAAGAUUUCUUACAGUUGACAUCAAAAGUAUGAUUCAUAAAGGAAAAAUUUGAUUAUUUGGAUUUAAUCAAAAUAAAAACAUCUCUUCAAAACACACUGUUAUACAAACUACAGACUGGGAAAGAGUCACUGCAAAGCAUCUAUCUGAUAAAAUAUUUGUAUUCAGAAUACAUAAAGAACUCUCAAAAUUCAUCUAAAAAAUGUAAUGCAGUAAAAUUACACUUUACCAAGGAAGAUAUAUACCAAUUGCAAGUAAGCACAUUUAAAAAUGUUCACCAUAAUUAUCAGGGAAAUGCCAAUUUAAAGCAGAAUGAGUUACCACUACACACUUACUAUAAUGGCUAAAAUUUCAAAAACUGAUUUUACCAUGUGUUGGAGAAGAUGUGGAAGAAAUGGAAGUAUCAUACACUGCUGAUGGGGAUGUGAAGUGGUACAGCUAUCUUGAAAAACAGCUUGUCAGUUUCUUAAGGUAAACCUACACUGGUCAUAUGAUCCAGCCAUUCUUCUCCUAAACAUUUACCUGAGACACAUUUACCCAAGUGAAAAUAAAUUAUACAUGCAUAGAAAGACUUGUAGGUCAAUGUUUUUGACAGUUUAUUUUUUCUGCCCAGCUGGCACAUUUACUGGCAUUAAACAUAAGACCCUUCCCUUCCCUGGCACCAGGAAGCCAUGCCCAAGGGGUAUCCCUCUGCCCCAUUUCUGCAACAAACUCUCAGGUCUUAGCAGUAGCCUGAGCUGCCCCCAGGGCUCUGGGCUGCUGAAUCGUCUGGCUCGUCAUUUCCAUGACAGCCGGUUUCAUGGUGUGCUCCUGGAGAGCUGGUGGAUUUUCUCUAUCUGCUUGGUUAGGAAGUCUGUCUUCCUCUUGAAGAAGUCCUUGGCAUCCUCAGCUAUCUUAUCUACAUAGUACCCAGUUCCUACAUCAAUGAGCACAUGUUCCACAUCAUGCAGCUUCUCAGGGACAUACAUUAAACUUGUCAGUGGGAGGAGUAAUUCUCUUCCCUCAUUGUUCUUACUCAGCAUGUUCAGACAGUCCUUGGCUUCUACAUACUUGGUCUGUACCACUUUGAGCUGGGCAAUGGAGGUGGACAAGAACUCCAUUUCCUGGUCCAGCUGGUUCUUGAGCAUUUCUAGCUGCGGCAGAUUCAUCUCCGUGAUAGUCUUGGAAGUUUUAUUUAUAAAAGCCUAAAACUGGAAAAAAUCAAAUAUCCAUCUAUAGAUGACAGAUAAACAGAUUAUGGCAUACCCAUACAAUGAAAUGCUACUCAGCAAUUAAAAAAAGAACCAUUAUAGAUAUGUGCAGCAAUGUGGGUGAAUUUCAAAUUAUGCUGAAUGAGAGAAGCCAGAGAAAAUAUAAUCGUGCAUUAUUACAUACAUAUAAAACUUUAGGAAAUGCAAACUAAUCUAUUAUGACAGACAUUCUGCUUCAGAGGCAGGGAGGGAUGAAAAGGGGCAGGAGAUUACCAAGGGAAUAAGGAGACUUUGGGAGGUUCACUAUGUUGGUUGUGAUGAUGGUUUCACAGGUGUACUCAUAUGCAAAACUGAUCAAACUGUGCACUUUAAAUACAUAUAACUUAUUGAAUGUCAUAUUUCCCUCAAAGCUGUAAAGAAAAAAAAUCCUAACUUUCUUAGAUAAAAGUAGUAGUCUCUACUUUUCUCUACCUUUAAAAAAAAAUGUAUUCUGACAGCAUACCCUAGCAGUAUAUAAAAUUAUUUUCUUUUAUAGCUUCACAGUAUACUUUGUUGUAUUUAAUAUGUCUUUCAUUCAUGGCCAUUUUGGUUGUUUCUAGUCUUUUGUUAUAAGUAAUGCUGGAAUAAUAUAGUUUUGUGCAUAUAUUUUUUCAGCAUUUGUUGUUAUAUCCCCAGUAUCUUUGAGAUAGAUCUUUAGAAGUGGGAUUGUUGAGUCAGUAGGUAAAUACACAAGUUAUUUCGGGAGACGUUGCCAAAUCAUAGGGGUUGUAUGAUUUUAUAUAAAGAUCAGCAUAGCAUGAGAGUGCCUGCUUCCUCCACAUUCUCUCACCUACAGAGUGUGUUGUCAAAUGUUUGGAUCUUGCCAAGAUAAGUGAGAAAUCAUAUUUCAUUGUAGGUUCAUUUUGUAUUUCUUGUAUCAGGAGUGAGGCAGAGCAUGUUUCCAUAUGUUUUUAAAUUAUUUGCAUUUCUUUUCCUGGGAUCUGUUCAUUACCUCAGCCCAUUUUUCUAUAGGUUUGCUGGCGGCUAUCUUCUUAUUUGUAAAGCACUUUAUAUUUUAGGAAUAUUAAUCCUUCAUAAUAUGUUACAAAUAUUUUUUCUUAGGUUACCAUUGCCAAACUUUGAUUAUUUUGCAAUUUUUUUGGAUGGGGUUGGGCAAGUUUUUUUGGUUUUCCAGUAAUCAAAUUUACAAACAUUUUCCUUUGUUGCUUUUGGAUUUUGAUACAUAAUUAGGAAGGUCUUGCCCACUCACAUAAUACAUAGAGACAGUCACUCAAUUUUUUCAACUACUUGUUUGUUUUCAUUUUUUACAUUCAGGUUUCUGAUUAACUUGGAAUUUAUGAACAAUGAGAAAAAGAUCCAGUUUUAUCAUUUUCCAUAUUGUUAUCUAGAUAUGUAAUACCACUUAUUAAAAAGUCUGUUAACCAGCUGCCUUGCUGUAUCCCAAAUUUCCAGUGCAGUUGGGUCUAUUUCUGGAUUUUUUAUUCUGCCCCGUGGUCGGUCUGCAUCCUUGGGCCAGUACCAUACUGUUAUUACAGAUCCUGCCCUCCUCUUGUACCACACCCUUCACUGCUCUUCUUUCUCAGGGUUUUCCUGCUUGUUCUUGCUUGAUUGUUCCUCUGAGUUGACUUUAUAUUCAACUCGAAGAGAGACCUUUAAAGGUCUAAAAAUGGUAUUUUUUAUCUACAGAUACCAUUUUUUCCCCACAGAUUAAAUGUCCCUGGUUUCUUCAACUUUUGGAACGUGAUUUCCAUACUAUUCAUUAUCCUUGUCCUUUUCCACAAGUCAUGUAACCUUAAGAUGUGGCCGGACACUUGUAGUCCCAGCUUCUCAGAUGGCUUGAGCCCCGGAGUUCGAGUCCAGCCUGGGCAACAUAGGGAGACUCCCUCCCCUCCCCCGCAGCCACCAUCUAAAAAAAAAAAGUGGGACCCAUAACUCAACCCAUGUGCAUGGGGGUGACACGAUUACAUGACUCCUGGGUAAGACUUUUUAAUAGAGUGUCGGCAAGAAUGUGAGACAGCGAGCGCAAUGGAGGUCUGGAGGCGGAACAGUAAGCAGAGAACUGAGUGGGCAGGGAAGAAAGGCCGCGCACUGCAGCGGCGCCCCAUCUGAGCGGUGGUCCUUCCACGCUGUGAGAGGAAGGGCCAGCUCCGGGCCGGCACGAGAGGCCUGCUGUUCUCCUUUUCCCCAGCUGCCGCCCACAAUCCUCCUCCAGGUAGAUUCCCUGGCCUCCUUACUCCGGGGCUCUUUAAGUCUCCGGUUCCUGGCGGAAGCGCCAGUCACUUCCGCCUCCCUUUACUGGGAUUCUUCCGCUCUAGCCCUAUUCGCUCUUCUACCCCGUCCCCUCGAUAGUUGGUUCCGUCCGCUCUGGCCCCGCCCUCGCAGGCCGGCUCCUUUGGUGCCUUGAGGUGCGCCAGGGGCAGUGGCUGAUGACGUGCUUUAUAGGCGGCAUAAAGCGAAAGUGCAGGCAGCAGUGGAAGGCGAAGUUCAAUCCCAGAGUCCGCCCCCUGAAUUGGGGCCUUUCCGGAGGAGGAAGCUCUGAAAAACAGGGGGCCCAGUGCCAUUCCGCAGGGAAUUGUCGCUUGCGUUCAGCUGUUCUACACAAUGGACUCAGUACCUGCCACUGUGCCUUCUAUCACCGCUACCCCGGGGGACCCGGAACUUCUGGGACCCCUGUCUGUGCUCUACGCAGCCUUCAUAGCCAAGCUGCUGGAGCUAGUUGCUACAUUGCCUGAUGAUGUUCAGCCUGGGCCUGAUUUUUAUGGACUGCCAUGGAAACCUGUACUUAUCACUGCCUUCUUGGGAAUUGCUUCGUUUGCCAUUUUCUUAUGGAGAACUGUCCUUGUUGUGAAGGAUAGAGUAUAUCAAGUCACGGAACAGCAAAUUUCUGAGAAGUUGAAGACUAUCAUGAAAGAAAAUACAGAACUUGUACAAAAAUUGUCAAAUUAUGAACAGAAGAUCAAGGAAUCAAAGAAACAUGUUCAGGAAACCAGGAAACAAAAUAUGAUUCUCUCUGAUGAAGCAAUUAAAUUUAAGGAUAAAAUCAAGACACUUGAAAAAAAUCAGGAAAUUCUGGAUGACACAGCUAAAAAUCUUCGUGUUAUGCUAGAAUCUGAGAGAGAACAGAAUGUCAAGAAUCAGGACUUGAUAUCAGAAAACAAGAAAUCUAUAGAGAAGUUAAAGGAUGUUAUUUCAAUGAAUGCCUCAGAAUUUUCAGAGGUUCAGAUUGCACUUAAUGAAGCUAAGCUUAGUGAAGAGAAGGUGAAGUCUGAAUGCCAUCGGGUUCAAGAAGAAAAUGCUAGGCUUAAGAAGAAAAAAGAGCAGUUGCAGCAGGAAAUCGAAGACUGGAGUAAAUUACAUGCUGAGCUCAGUGAGCAAAUCAAAUCAUUUGAGAAGUCUCAGAAAGAUUUGGAAGUAGCUCUUACUCACAAGGAUGAUAAUAUUAAUGCUUUGACUAACUGCAUUACACAGUUGAAUCUGUUAGAGUGUGAAUCUGAAUCUGAGGGUCAAAAUAAAGGUGGAAAUGAUUCAGAUGAAUUAGCAAAUGGAGAAGUGGGAGGUGACCGGAAUGAGAAGAUGAAAAAUCAAAUUAAGCAGAUGAUGGAUGUCUCUCGGACACAGACUGCAAUAUCGGUAGUUGAAGAGGAUCUAAAGCUUUUACAGCUUAAGCUAAGAGCCUCCGUGUCCACUAAAUGUAACCUGGAAGACCAGGUAAAGAAAUUGGAAGAUGACCGCAACUCACUACAAGCUGCCAAAGCUGGACUGGAAGAUGAAUGCAAAACCUUGAGGCAGAAAGUGGAGAUUCUGAAUGAGCUCUAUCAACAGAAGGAGAUGGCUUUGCAAAAGAAACUGAGUCAAGAAGAGUAUGAACGGCAAGAAAGAGAGCACAGGCUGUCAGCUGCAGAUGAAAAGGCAGUUUCGGCUGCAGAGGAAGUAAAAACUUACAAGCGGAGAAUUGAAGAAAUGGAGGAUGAAUUACAGAAGACAGAGCGGUCAUUUAAAAACCAGAUUGCUACCCAUGAGAAGAAAGCUCAUGAAAACUGGCUCAAAGCUCGUGCUGCAGAAAGAGCUAUAGCUGAAGAGAAAAGGGAAGCUGCCAACUUGAGACACAAAUUAUUAGAAUUAACACAAAAGAUGGCAAUGCUGCAAGAAGAACCUGUGAUUGUAAAACCAAUGCCAGGAAAACCAAAUACACAAAACCCUCCACGGAGAGGUCCUCUGAGCCAGAAUGGCUCUUUUGGCCCAUCCCCUGUGAGUGGUGGAGAAUGCUCCCCUCCAUUGACAGUGGAGCCACCCGUGAGACCUCUCUCUGCUACUCUCAAUCGAAGAGAUAUGCCUAGAAGUGAAUUUGGAUCAGUGGACGGGCCUCUACCUCAUCCUCGAUGGUCAGCUGAGGCAUCUGGGAAACCCUCUCCUUCUGAUCCAGGAUCUGGUACAGCUACCAUGAUGAACAGCAGCUCAAGAGGCUCUUCCCCUACCAGGGUACUCGAUGAAGGCAAGGUUAAUAUGGCUCCAAAAGGGCCCCCUCCUUUCCCAGGAGUCCCUCUCAUGAGCACCCCCAUGGGAGGCCCUGUACCACCACCCAUUCGAUAUGGACCACCACCUCAGCUCUGCGGACCUUUUGGGCCUCGGCCACUUCCUCCACCCUUUGGCCCUGGUAUGCGUCCACCACUAGGCUUAAGAGAAUUUGCACCAGGCGUUCCACCAGGAAGACGGGACCUGCCUCUCCACCCUCGGGAAUUUUUACCUGGACACGCACCAUUUAGACCUUUAGGUUCACUUGGCCCAAGAGAGUACUUUAUUCCUGGUACCCGAUUACCACCCCCAACCCAUGGUCCCCAGGAAUACCCACCACCACCUGCUGUAAGAGACUUAUUGCCGUCAGGCUCUAGAGAUGAGCCUCCACCUGCCUCUCAGAGCACUAGCCAGGACUGUUCACAGGCUUUAAAACAGAGCCCAUAAAACUAUGACCUCUGAGGUUUCAUUGGAAAGAAAGUGUACUGUGCAUUAUUCAUUACAGUAAAGGAUUUCAUUGGCUUCAAAAUCCAAAAGUUUAUUUUAAAAGGUUUGUUGUUAGAACUAAGCUGCCUUGACAGUGUGCAUUUUUGAGCUAAACAAUUCAAAAAUGUCAUUUCUUCCCUAAAUAAAAAUCACCUUUUAAGCUAGAGCAUCCUUACAACUUUGAAAUGUGCAAUAAAGAAUACCUGUGUUUUAGCUAAUGUAGCAUAUGUAAUUGCAAAAUGAUUUAGAAUGUCAUGACAAAUAUGAACAUUUCCUGUGGAAAUGCUUUAAGAACAUGUAUUUCCAUUAUCCUAUUUUUAGUGUACACCAGCCGAAUACGGAGCAAUGGUGUUUAUAAGCGUUUUUUUAAACUAUCUGGUCACAAAGACUGUUACGCUAAAAAUGUUUACUAAAAGAUCACUAAACUAUCUCCCCUCUUGCUGAAGUUCUUUGUAGUAAUAGCUCAUAAAAAUUUGUUUAUUAAUAUUUCCCAAGUGUCUGUUGACUCAUUGGACUGUUAUGAGGCUUGUGCCAUUUGGGGAACAUGUAAACUCAGGCUCCCAGAACUGAAGAUGGUGGCUGGUGGCACACUUCCGGCUGCUCCUCCGUCACCUGUGAACUCUACAAGUGAUGUCUUUUUAUUUCAAAGAAGUUAAUAAACUUCCCACUUGUAUAGCA